AUGUCGUCGUCGGCGGACAUUGUUGCCGGAAUAUUAGAGAACUCGAAAGAAGUCGAUCGGUUGAGGAAAGAGCUGGAUGAGGUGCUGCUCGAGAUCAACAAGCUGCACAAUAAGCUUCUAUCCACUCCAGAGGUGGUUGAAAAACCUGGCGAUAACUCUCUAUCAAGGCUUAAGAUGUUAUACACUCGAGCAAAAGAGCUCUCCGAGACUGAAGCCAGCGUUGCAACACAAUUGUUAGGACAAUUGGAUGCUUUAUUGCCUACGGGUACUCCAGGGCAACAUCGAAAAAAGAUAGAAGGUGGUGAACAGAAAAAGAAAAGGAUAAAAGGCGAUACCGAUGUCCCGAGAUUGUCUCCUUCCACGCGAAGUCAUCUCGAGUCUCUUGCAAAUAUGAAGGGUGAAGAAGUGGCAGCAAGGGUCAGUCAAGAGGACGCUGGAAGGGACGAGUGGUUUGUGGUUAAAGUAAUCAAUUUUGACAAGGAGACACGAGAGUUUGAAGUCCUCGAUGAGGAGCCAGGGGACGACGAGGAGGGUGGGGGCCAGAGAAAAUACAAGCUGCCUAUGUCACAUAUUAUACCUUUUUCAAAGCGGACGGAUCUGUCUAGUGUCCAAGAUUUUCACUCGGAAAACAUGUUUUGGCGGUAUAUCCAGAAACGACUGCCCUGUACAAAGCCACAGUUGUCCAAGCUAGAAAGUUAUGUGUUAGAAUUUGAUGAUGAUGAAGAGGAUGGAUCUUUGCCUCAGAGGUUAGUACCCUUCCACAGAGUUGUUCCUCUUCCGGAAGGAUAUCGUCAGUGA